CUAAUACCAACAAGAUUCGAAAUUAAUUCCAUCAACCCCCACAACCACAAGCAUAAAAACCUCAAAACCAUCCUGCAUUUCACACAUACAACACACACUAGCUAGUACACUACAGUAAUGGCAUCAAAUUCAGACAUGUCCGUGGCCACGAUUUUGGCAGUGUUAGUGGUGAUGAAUUUUGCGGGGCUUGGAGCUGCAGAUAUGGAGAAAGACAGAAACCAAUGUGGGAGUCAAUUAGAAGCUCUUCUCCCUUGUCUUGCAUAUGCUCAAGGCCAACAAAAAAGUCCUCCGUUGGAUUGUUGCACUGGUCUGAAACAGGUGCUGCAGAAGAGCAAGGUCUGCCUUUGUGUUCUGAUUAAAGAUAGGAACAGUCUAGGCCCCGGACUGGAGCUCAAUGCUACUCUUGCUUUGGGUCUUCCCACUCGCUGUAAUGCACCCUCUGAGGUUGAUCAGUGCCCUUCUCUGUUGCAGUUAAAGCCUGGGUCACCAGAUGCCAAAAUAUUUGAGGAUUUUGCCAAGAACAACAAUGGGAGCAUUUCGACCCCAACUGGUAAAGAAAACGGCACAAGUGAUGGAUCUGGUAGUUCAGCAAUAAAGAGCGACGGUGGAAUGGAAAGGAAAUGGCUGGGAAUAGAAAUGGCUCUUGGCCUUGUGUUAUCUGUGUUUCUUCUCAUCUCCCCAUUUAGUGUUUGAUCUCACUUUCGUAUGUGUACGUUUGUAUUUAUUAUGUUAGUACUCGUGUCUUCGGACCUAAUUAUCUCGUAUCGUUGUACUACAUUUCAUCUAUUUGUAAUCUUGCCAAAAAUUUAUAACUUACAUUAAAAUGAUUGUACAACUCA